CCCAACUUCUGAUUUUAUCGUUCGAAAUGCGUCUCCUGGUAAUCGUCACCCUGUUAUUCUACAUCCUUUGGCCGAGUGGGGAUCGUCAAGUUUCCGCCUGCCACUGCAUCCGCUUGGCCAAAUGUACAACCUUUGCCCGCCUCCUGCUCCAUCAUGGCCCUGGGGAGCAGUCCGCCAUAUUCGCCAAAGUGCAUGACGCCAGCUGUGGUUUUCAGGGCCUCGAGCUACUCGUGUGCUGCCCGACAUCUCGCAAGCAAAACCCCGAUGAGUCAUCUACGCCCAAGCCAAGUCGUAAGAUGCGUUUUGCUCCGCCUGGUGAUCGCUGGAUUUGGGAAGAUGAGGACGAUAGCAAGGGCAGCCGGCACUCCCACUCUGAUUAUCUGCUUGCGGAGGCUGAUCUGCACGACUACUGGAACUUUGAGGAGCAACGUAACUGCCCGCAGCCCUUGGAACCAGAAUUCUUCGAUGGCCGAUUUGAUAGAGGACACCAUUUUCAAUAUCAUAUAGAUCAUGGUGAGCAGGAAAUAUCUCCGCGCCCCAUCCCCAAGGACAAGCCUAUUGUGUUUCCCGGUGACCUACGCUUCCUGCGGCAUGGAGAGGAAGAUUUAAUAUCUAACUUCCAGCAAGGUCCUCCCCUGGCACCGUUUACCACAACUCUACCCACAACAAUAGCAACAAACACUGCUUCAAUCUCCAAAGCCACCACACCUAUACCUCAAACCAUUCAACAAAGCACGCAGGUUUGCGGAAUAAGUCUGGAGAGUCGUCUGCUGGGAGGAGAGCAAGCCUCUGCUGGACAGUAUCCGUGGCUGGCCAGGAUCGCCUAUCGAAACCGAAGUGACCGCAGUAGCUUCCGCUGCUCCGGUUCCCUGAUCUCCAGCAACUAUAUCGUCACUGCCGCUCAUUGUGUGAUCAACCUGGUUAGCGAUUUGGAACUAUCUCAUGUUCAAUUGGGGAAUGAAGAUGGGUUGAACACUUAUGCCAUUGAGCGAGUACUGGUCCACCCUAACUACGAUCAGCCCAGAUAUGCAAACGACAUUGCCCUUUUGAGAAUCAAUAGCACGGAUGGAGCCCUUACACCCAUAUGCUUACCCUUAAACGGAUCAACCACCCUCGGAAACAGGCUGAUAGGUCAAACGGGAGUUGCUGCCGGUUGGAGUACAGGGAAUCCAGAAAAUAAUGCCUCAAUGUCUCCUUCAAACUCCUCCGCCGGAGUGCGCUUUAUCCGCUUACCCAUAGUGAACACCACUAGCUGCGCUAUCGCCUAUGCUAGUCUCAGCGAGAACUUCCAACAGCCCAUUGUAAUCACCCCGAAUCACCUGUGCGCUCAAGGAAUGCCGAUGAACGAUGUGUGCCGCGGAGAUAGUGGCGGACCAUUUAUGGAUGACGGAACCUCGGGUCUGUUUGGAAUAAGUGGACGCCACACUCUUAUCGGCAUCGUGGCCUUUGGACCUACGCUGUGCGGAGUAACCACAAUACCGGGAGUGUACACCCUAGUGAGUAGCUUCUCCGAUUGGAUCAUCCGUAGCGUUAACGGAGGGACGGACAUGUGAGCAGUUUUGUUGGGAAUUCAACCCAAGCAAAGCUCACCCAAAGUUCUCAAUGCCAAAGUCUUCACAGUACAUCCAAAUAAAUAAAACCAUGAAUCAUACACCACGGAUCAAUGAAAAGAGUUCAACUUCCUAUUCAAAUCACCGCAAGGCUAAU